AUGGGGGGUGAAUGUGAAAGUUCAUCACCGCAACUGCAGCAAGUGAACGAAGGCACUCCAACAUUACCGAAUGGGAAGAAAACAAAAGGUCGAGUAAAGAUAAAAAUGGAAUACAUUGGCAAUAAACUGCGAAGGUAUACAACAUUUAGUAAAAGGAAAACUGGAAUUAUGAAAAAAGCCUAUGAAUUAUCAACAUUGACAGGAACUCAGGUGAUGUUGCUGGUAGCAUCGGAAACAGGUCAUGUCUAUACAUUCGCUACAAAAAAAUUACGACCGAUGAUCUCUUCUGAAGCUGGAAAAACACUAAUUAGGAAUUGUCUUAAUACUCCUGAUAUUGAUGACGCGGUCGAUCCACUUGGAGCGCGACAGGAAUUUACAUUUGAGCCACAACCAAAUAUUUCAAGAAAGCGAAAACUAAAUGAGGUUUGUUCACAUAUAAUUUGA